UACUGCCGACGUCGGUAUAGUCGACGAUGCGGCGACAUUUUCGACCGGGGACAUUUGGUACUGGAGGAUUUUGAACAAUCUGGAAUUGAUUUCAAGGAAGACAACCAUAUAAUUAAAAAUUACAAAGAUAAACGCCGUCAUGUUGCUGCAUUUUACUCUGAUGAAGAAUUUCUUUUUCUGCCCAAAAUUUUUAAAUUAAAGCAAAGUAAACUUAUUUUAAAUUUGGAUGGAACGAAGUUAAAUUGGUCUUGUGAAUCGAACAGUCAAAAAAGAAAGUGUUGUUGGGAAAAUAAUUGCUCCAUAUCUACUGCUGAAUCGAAAAUACGAAAAAUCUAUGUUUAUGGAGACAAAAAUGAAAUCACUAAAUUAAAUAAAAGGGAACAUGUGGACCCAAUUGAUAACACUAUUCAGCUAGCUGGUGAACAUUCGCAAAAAGAAACCAUUUAUUACCCGUUUUUGUACGAAGUACAAAAUGACUUUACUGAACUAAGUGUGUUUGAAAAUAGCCCAAAGGGGAACCAAGUUUUGGGUGUUAUUAAAGGUGAUAUUGAAUUUUAUGGAACAUUGUUAAUUACACUCUUGUCGGGCCAAAUAUCUAUUAACGGUUUUAAGGCUAUUAAAAAUCAACCACUGACAAUUUACUCUCCCAGAGGCAUCAAUUGGGUAUCCAUAAAAACGAUGAAAAGGAAGCGAUACUCCACAGAAGACAAGAUAAACCUCGAGGAGCUCAGUCAUUUUUUUUCCUAUAUGCAGUUGGAAAAUAUUAAAGAUAAAUAUAAUUACAAAGAGGAUGCCAUAGUGCUGUUUCAAAGAAAUACUGUAGCUAAGAAUCUUGUUUCAAUCUUUAAUAGAAAUAUGGCUCAAAAUAUUUUUCCUCAAUUUCACGGCACAAAUCGUCCGCAUUACCAAAGUGAAUUUUUGCUUAGUUGUCUAAUUCAAAGGGCCAGCAAAGCAAAUAUUUUGCAAGUGCCGCCUGUGUGGGCAAAAUUAAAACUUAAGAAAAAUAGCCGAAUGAUUGUGGUAGGGGGCAAAAAUGUUGGCAAAUCCACACUGGUGCGUUUUUUAAUCAAUCGUCAUUUACAUCGAUUCUCACGGAUUUUGUUAAUUGAUUUGGACAUUGGACAACCUGAAGUAUUCAUUCCUCAAACAAUAUCAUGCACCCUUAUUAACGGACCCCACUUGGGUCCGGGAUUUUUUUUUAACAAGGAACCAGAUAGAGCUUACGUCGUUGGAGAUAUAAAUAUUGUGAUGUGUGCCGAACAAUAUGUUCGUGCUGUCAAACAGUUAUUAGAGUACGUUCAUAAAAAUUCUGUGUAUAUGGAGAUUCCAUGGUUAAUUAACACCAUGGGCUAUAAUAAAGGAUUUGGCCAAGAGCUUAUUGCUUUUCUUAUUAAAACAAUCAAACCCACAGAUGUGGUUGAAAUCUCUAGUUCCAAUAGAAUAAAUAAUUUUAAUUUUCCCUUGGAAUGGAAAUUGUUGAAGCACGUAAAACCCAUUAUCUGCAUGAACGAACAGUUAAGGGCUGCGAAAAUAAAAAAAUACGCUUUGCACCGAUUACCCACGAUGGUACCGCAUUAUGAUCCUGAAAUUUGGACAAUGAGUUCAAAGGAUAUGCGUUACUCCAAUUUAUUAGCCAGGCUUAGCAAAUGCCUAAAAAGUAAUUUGAACUGUUUUUCUGGCUGCCAACCUUUUCGGGCCUCACUUCAAGAUCUGGAAAUUAUACAUCCCAAUUGUAAAAUGGCCGAUCGUGAAGAGUUAAUCGCAGGGAUGGAAGCCAAUGUAGUUUACUUGGGUAAAUUAACAUAUAGAGGAUUGCCAGAAUGCCUGGGCUUAGCGAUCGUUCGAGCCGUAGAUUAUGUUCAAAACCUUGUUUAUCUCUCACCUUCCUUAUCUGUUUCGGCUCUAUCCCAAGUUAAUUGUAUAAUUCUGGCAGGUGAACUUACUUUGCCGACUGGGUUUUUUAAAGAUCAGGGUCCUUCUGUGACCAAUGAUGUUCCGUUUGUUUUUCGCUUAGAUGGUUCGAAGUCUUCGAAAGCAAUACAACAAAUCUACUGCCGACCGUCUUCCUUUUUUAAACAAACAGCAAAGCGAAAAAAAAAACAAAGUACACGCCACUAAACUGUAAUUAAUUCCAAUAUUUUUGGCAAUAAAAAAUUUUAAUGGGACAGAUUAUAUACGCCUUUAAGAAUACGGCGCAUUAGAACAUGCCUUCCCUCAGUUGUCGGUAGACGGUAAUCCAAGCCAUGGACGUUGGUUCGUUUGACUUCUCGAGGUUUGGGAAAAUGACAUCGGACCUGGCAGAAACAAAAUUAUGUUAUAUAUCUUUAUUUCUUAUCAAACUUUUUAUAUGGUAUAUCUAAAAAAAGUGCUUUAAAAAACUAGUUUCCCCUGCAUAUUUUUAAACAAAAAGAGCUUAACGAGAAAAACCAUGGUCACUUCCGGAUUCAAAUUAAUAAAUAUAUAUGUAUACGUA